AUGACAUGCAGCACCACGGCACAUCCAGGAGACGCGCUCAGGGCAUGCAGCAAGGCUAUUGCUUCUUGUGCCAGAGCUGCGCGCUGGCAGCAGGGGUUGGACUUGCUGUCCAGCCUACAAGUCCGAGCGAUCCAGGCGAAUGUAGUUGUUUACAAUGCCACCAUCAACGCCUGCGCACAAGGGCGGCAGUGGCAGCUGUCUUGGUUCUUGCUCUCUGAACUCGAAGCUCGGUACAUCGAAGCCACAGCCAUCACGUACAACACGGCUCUCACGGCAUGCGAACGAGCUUCUGCCUGGCAAAAGGCUCUCGAUCUGUUGUCUGUCUUCAUGUUCUGUCUGCUUGAGGCAGACAUCACCUCGUACAACACCACCAUCAGCACUCUAGCCAAGGGAGAGCAGUGGCAACGUGCCUUGGAGAUCGUGCAUCACGUUCACAAGGACUUGAACUUGAAGCUUGAUGUGAUUUCAGUGAAUGCCGCCAUCACAGCCUGCGGACGAGGCAGUGAGUGGCCACAGGCGCAGGCACUCCUGGAGGCUUUGCGCGCCAAAUUCCUCGAGACCGACACGAUUUCCUACAAUUCUACAUUGCAUGCUCUAGGUGGUGGUCAGAAAUGGAGCUUUGGCUGCCAACUCUUUGAUGAGCUGAUGAAGAAGUGUUUGCUGACAGACGUCAUCACCAGAAGUUUGCUUUUGGAGGCGACCUCCAAAGCCCGGGAAUGGUCUUCGGGGUUGGCUUCCCUGGACAAGCUUACUGCUCAGGGGGUCUCCUUGGACUCUGGGCUUGUCAGCCGGAGUCGUACCGCAGAGCACAAGUGGAGGGAGACGGUUUCUCUAGUGGCUGGAAUGAAGUGGAAAACUGUUGAAUUGGACACGACUCUCUACAAUGGACUAGGUAGUGGCUGUGUGCAUGCGCAGCAGUGGCAUCAGGCCUGCAACCUUGUGUCGAUACUGCGAUGUUCGAAGAUGCAGCUUGAUGUUGUGACCCUCAGCACUGUAAUUUGCGUGCAUGAUGCAGAAGAAGAUGCUAUGUGGCAACAGGCUUUUCUUGCGUUGCAAGGCUUGUCCGAGAACAUGGUUGAGGCCGAUAUUAUCGCUUGCAAUGCAACCUUGAAUGUCUGUGAAAAGCUGAGCUGCUGGCAGCAGGCCCUUCUUCUUUGUCACCAGCUAGGAGAUUUGGCUCUGCAGGCUGAUGAUGUUACUGCCAACUCUAUCAUUACUGCUUGUGGUAAGGGGAGUGAGUGGCAGCGAGCGUUUCAGCUUUUCCAGCAAUUUUAUCCAGAACGCUCUAGAGGCAGUGUGACUGUAUACAACGCACUUAUGAGUGCCUGCACCAGGGCCAGCAAAUGGCAGCUCGGCCUGUCUUUCGUAAGGACUUUGCGAGCCUCCGGCUUGGAACCAGAUGUGGUGACCCUCAACACCGCAAUCAGUGCAUGUGACGAAGGCAGGCAGUGGCGGCUGGUGUUGGACUUCUUUGGCCAGUCCCGGAGGAAGGGACAUGCAGAUGCGAUCACCUACAGUGCAGCCAUGAGUGCCUUUGAGAAGAGUGGAGAGUGGCAACUGGCAUUGCAGCUGUUUGGUGAGUUGCGCCACUUGUCACUUGAAGCCUCGGCAAUAGUUUACAACAUUGCGAUCAGCUCUUGUGAACGAGGCUCCCAGUGGCAGCAGGGCUUGGAAGUGUUGAAGGAAUUGAGAGCCAUGAUAGGGACACAGGUCGAAGCAGAUGUUGUCACCUACAGUGCGGCCACCAGUGCUUGCGAGAAGUCGGGGCAAUGGAGGCAGGCACUUGCCCUGCUGAAGGAUGUCGAGGCUGAGUGCGAGGUCGAUAUCGUGGUGUACAGUGCGGCAGUCAGUGCUUGCGAAAAGGGUCAGCGAUGGCAGCAGGGCUUGGCAGUGCUUGCAAGGGCCGCUCGCCGUCGUCUCCUCAACACCGUCUUGUUUAACGCAUCGGUGAGUGCCUGCGAGAAGGGCAGGCAAUGGCGUCCAACCAUGGAGCUUGCUCAGCAAAUGCAGCACAGGCGGAUUGCCACAGAUGUCAUUACAUUUAAUGCGGCAAUGUCCACAUGCCAACAGGUUAUGCAGUGGCAUCAUGUGCUCCGGCUUUUUCAUCGGCUGCUCGAGGGGCGAGUUGCCAGUGUUAUUGCCUUCAGCAAUGCGGUGGCAGCUUGUGACAUGCGCAAGCAGCAACCGCUGCAGGACAUGUUCGCGAAUUUGCAUGCGCUGGUCUCUGCGUCUCUUCAUGAGGAGAAGGACGUUCGAACUUGA